GCUCCACUAAGGGCUCCAACCAGGGAGAGGGACUGGUGCAAAAAUGGCCCACAUCCUGACCUGCCAUACUCCUCCCGGAUGAUCCUGAGCACUCUCCGCACCAUGUUGCCCACUGUGGUCUCCGAGGGCUGCGCAGCCGUCAUUCUCUGGCCCUCUCGGCGGACAAGUUCCAUCAGCUCCUCUGUGGUCCGAGGGAGAGAGGGUGAGAGGGCACGAGCGAGAUGAGGCCUGGCCGACUCUCCGCCUGCGGACUGGAUAGUGGCGAGGGACGCGACAGAACCAACAUGCCUUACCUGCGUUGCUCCAGCGGUGGUCGGUGAUGAUCCGGCGCAGCAGCCCCAGGGUCUCACGAGCCAUGUCCUCGGAGCUGCGCCGCCCACCGUCCCGCUUCAGGGCCUCCACGAAACUCUCGAUGCUCCCGCACAACUCCGAGCCCUCAGCCGCGGCUCCCGGCAUCUCGAAAACAGCCGCCUCGCCGGCGGAUUCCGCACCUGCACAAGGUCGGUCUUUGCACUUCCGGGGCGGGCGAAGUCGGCUUCCGCUCUGCAACGAGAACUCCGGCGUGAGAGUCUUCGGGCCACGCCCCCUCGAUGCCACGUCCCGCCCCUCCACCUGCCUGAGCCAAUCAGCGGCUAGGAGCUCGAGUUACUCAGUUGCCGCCGAGCGUCAGCGAGCCCCCGAGGCCCGAGGACCGGAAGUGGCCUUUCUGGGUCCCUCCGAGGCUGAACCAGAGCGCCUCGUACAUCUAACGUAAGACGGGAAUCCGGGAUGAGGAGGCCGAAUACGCCCCAGUAAGGAUAUUCAAAGUGGGAGCUUACGUGGAAGCAUAGAUGAUGUCCUUCCAUUUGAACAGACUACAGAGGCUGGGGAACAUAACAUAAUACCAAGAGCUACUGUCGACUUAGCGCUGUGUGUGCCUUAGCUCAUCUCUUGCAAUUUAUGAGGGAGUCCCUGCAGAAGAUUUUUGUCACACUACCCAACCUUGGAGACAUGGCUCGAGCUUGAAGACCUUCCCCAAGAAGCCCCAGGCCCUGGUUCUAGGACUCAUUUCCCUUCCCCUUUCAUAGAAUCUUCCAGCCUCUGGGUGAUUAUGAUGAUAAACAGUUCAAUGUGGAGUUUCAAGCAUUGACUCUCCGGUGGAUCUACUCAGAAGGCCUUGAUGACAGCUGGGACCUGAUGACCUGGAUGGUGAUGCCCCCAGCGCUCCAGGCAGGGGUUCUGAAAUCACAGACCCACUUGGGGGAGCGGCACCUCCAUGGAUGUCCACACACUUCCCAGGAGCCAGGCUGGACCACGUCUUCUGGGAGGAGACCUCAGGCCCGGCUGUCUCAGACUCCAGCUCCGGGGAGUCUCCAGCUCCAACGGAGGAGCGGGUGGGCUGGGCAGCCCUGCAGCGACAGAUGAGCCCCAUACCUGCCACUGCUGGUCUGCUGCAGGGCUGGCCUGAGCAAUUGGCCUUGUCUGCUGGAAAUGGCUCAUCAGAGGUGGAAGUGGUGCCCUUCCAGCAAGUGUGGGGACGCAGCUACUGCCGGGCACUGGAGAAGCUGGUGGACGUCUUGUCGGAGUACCCGGAUGAGGUGGAGCACAUGUUCAACCCAUCCUGCGUCUCCCUGCUGCGCUGUAGUGGCUGCUGCGGAGACGAAAACCUGCACUGUAUGCCGGUGGAGACGGCCAAUGUCACCAUGCAGGCAUCCAACCCUUCUCUCCCCGAAGCUCCUGAUGAUCCAUUCUACGGGCCGGCCCUCCUACGUGGAGCUGACCUUCUCUCAGCACAUCCGCUGUCAGUGCAGGCCUCCGUUGGAGGAUAUGAAGCUAGAAAGCCACUUUGUCUUGACGCUUUUGGCUUAUUGCAGGAGGAGACCCAAGGGCAGGGGGAAGAGGAAGAGAGAGAAGCAGAGACCCACAGACUGCCACCUGUGCGGCCAUACUGUUCCCCAGAGGUAACCGGCCCCUCAGAGGAGAGACGCCUCGCCCCGGCUCCUGUAUUUAUUACGGCCACACUCAGUUACCUCCCUGCUGACACCUGCCCUCUAUUUAUUAGCCAAUUGUAUCCCUGCUGAAUGACUUGCUCCCUCCAAGGUGAGGGGCAGGGAGGGAUAGGACCCUCAGGAAUUCAGUGCCUUAAACAGAACGUGAGAGAAAGAAAGGAGGCAGCCGCAGACCCACGUGUGCAUCAGCUGGAGAAGAAGCAAGAUCUGUGGCUUUGAGAGGGGCAAACCAGGCCCCAGCGGGCUUCCCGGGAGCGGCCGCCUGUGCCUGAGCCUCGGACUCCCCGUGGACCAGCAGCCCUGGUUUUCGGGGCUCCGGGCCAACAACGUGGGGGUGGACGGGCGCAGGCUGGGUGGGAAGGCAGGCAGCAGACAGAGGAGUCCUGCUGCUUCCUCCACCUGGCAGCAGCCCGGCGCCCUGGAGAUCCGAAAGUGGGGCUCUGGAGACUGGUGGCUGCCUGGGGGGCUCGGCCACUCCUGGUCCCCUCGGGCUCUCCUCACAUCUUGCCGCCGCUGCUCAUGCUGGGACAUUGUGCUUUAUGGUCAAGGCAUCACCACCUGCCCCUCUCAGGGACACAGGCGAAGAGGGAGCCCCAGCCGGGAUGUGCCUCCAGCCGCCCCUGAGCGGCUUUCUGACUGCCAAGCCAGAUUCUCUUGAAUAAAGUAUUCUAGUCUGGAAACA